CGCUCACCAGUUAGUCUACCCACGUCAAACAUUGCAAAGACGCAGAAAGACGCUCCAAACCAGGACAUUUGCAUCAAUAUUUGAUAGCGCAACUCUUCGUAUCUUAGCAUCUCCUUCGGUUGUGCCCAGCUUCGUCUCUGGUCCGCGAGAAGCACAACAUGCUCCCCCAUAGUCGUCACAGACGUCAAUUGCGCGCUCCUCCACAGCGAAGGGGACCCAGAGCCCAGACGGCUUGUAUCAGUUGCAAGGAACGAAAGCUGAAAUGCGAUGACCAAGUUCUCUCGUGCGCCAACUGCCAACGGCUUGAUCUCGCCUGUCUUGUUGAAGACCCCUCCACCAAGCGCCAACUUCCAAGAAAUUACCUGGAGACCUUGGAAGAACGCGUCGAGGUCCUGGAGCGUCUCCUGCAGCAGCAAGGCGAACAGCAAGUAUCCGAGAGACAGCAGUUUUCGGCUCCCCGCGAUUUCAACUACAUAUCCGCGGCUGCACCUUCACCUCCAACAGGGGAUGGAGACGAAAACGACGGGACUACCGAUCUAAUCUCAAAAGCUGGCGUCUUGAGCCUCCAUGCAUCCGGUGCAGAGCCGCAAUAUUUUGGACCCUCGUCCAUGUUCUCAUUUUCGCGCGUCAUCCAUGCGUGCGUCCGCCAGGCUGUACAGGAGAAAUCAGAUAGUGAAUUCGACCCAGGCCUGGACGAGACGGACGCCUCCUCUCUGGUUCCUUGCCGACUGCCAAGUUACGAAGUUGGAGUGGCACUUAGUAACGCGUAUUUCGAAAACGUUCAUCUACAGUACCCUUUCUUGCACGAACCGACUUUCAGACAGUGGGAGAACAACGCUGCCGGGCUGGGUGACGUGGUUGCAAGUCCGACCGAACUUCUUUUUGUCAACAUGGUAUAUGCAAUCGGAGCCCUUCUUAAGCCCAAUACCAGGUCCCUACCACAACAACUCUACGUCUCAGCUCUACUGUACAUUGAUCAUGUUCUCUCGAAAAAGAGCCUCGAAUCCAUACAAGCUCUGCUCUGCUGCGCAUUAUUCUCGGUUCGAUCCUCCAUGGGUCCGUCUGUAUGGAACCUCUCUGGGCUUGCAUUACGACAAUGUAUCGAACUUGGCUAUCAUCGGAAUGUUAAGAAAAUUAAUUUGAGGACCAAUAUCUUGCGACUGGAACUGCGCAAGCGAGUAUUUUGGUGCGCAUACCAGAUGGACUGCGCAUCAUCUGUCAACCUCGGCCUUCCUCUAAGCCUCCCCAUUCAGGAAGUUGACACUGAGUUCCCUUUAGAUAUCGACGACUCGUCUAUCAGUGAAGUUGGAGUUGAGGGGCUGCCACGACGAGCAUCAACCGACCCCGUAACCACCACUUCACACGCCCUGCAUCAAUUUCGCGUCCGAUGCAUCUGGGCGCGUACGUAUGCAUCACUCUACUCCAACGCCGCCAGUAAACACCACAGCCGGCAAGAUUACCAAGCUCAAGUACAAUUAUUGCGUAAGGAGCUUGAUGACUGGUUUGCCGAGACUCCCCCGGAACCCCAAAGACCUGGUGUUCCAAUGACUGUCUUUGCAAGCCAUGAGGAUUACAAAGCGACUUACAAUGAGUCGCUUUUGUUUCUAUACCGGGGCCAACUGACAGAUACAGAGAACGUGCAGGAUGAGGUGUUUCUUGAGUGUAUGCAGGCUGCUAGCGACAUUUGCCACUCGUGCAAACGCCUCUACAUCGGGAAGCCAAUCAACUAUACCUGGUCGACUCUGCACGUCAUCUUCUUGGCAGGCUUGACGACUUUACAUUGCCUUUGGACGUCAUCUGCUGUGCGCCGUGCAGUGAGGAUCGAUAGUGUCAGCAAUACCUUUACAACUUGCACAAUGCUUCUGGCAAUUAUGGCAGAGCGUUGGGAGGGGGCUGCACCAUACCGGGACCUAUUCGAGGCAUUGGCUUCCCGAGCCUUAGCUAUGAUGGUGGAAAGAAAGCAGCAUGAAACAGCGCCAACAUUGCCGACUCUGUCCAUGGAGUCAAGCCAUAAUAACGUAGAGGACAUAACGCAGUGGGCUGAUCAAAUCGCUGAUAUUGGCAUGCCUGAUGCUUUUAGCAGCCUCUUGAGUGGCCUUAUGGGCGAUUACAGCCCGAAAGGACAGGAAUUUAACGAUAAUUUGUGGGAGUUCUAAUAUAAAGAGUCAAGUUAGGUUGUAAUUGACCACUGUAUUCUAAAUAGAGAGUUGGUGUUGGUAGCUGUAUUUAGUCUAUACUGAAGUCAUAGGUUAGUGGCAGAUUGGGAGGG